AUGGCGCGGGAAUGCAGCGCCAACCUCUGCACGUGCUGCACAAGCUUCAUCACCAGCACAGGCCUUGUAAUCCUCUUCCUCUGGCUCACACUCCGAACUCAACAACCCAAAUGUUUCCUCCAAUCACUCUACCUCCCCUCUCUCAACAAAACCAUCACUUCAAACCACGAACACUCCAACAACACGGUUAUCUUCAAACUCAAACUCAUCAACACAAACAAAGACAAAGGUGUCCUAUACCACACUGUUCAUCUCACAUUCGCCCUCCUCCUCGACGCCAACACCACGCGCCCACUCGCUAACACCACUCUCGAAGCUUUUUACCAAGGACACGGUAGAACCACCCAGAAAUGGAGCUCCGCUGAAGCACACGGCGGUGGAGUCAACAGCACGGUCAACGGAACCGUCUUCUUACGCGUCGAUUUCGCCACGCGCGUUAACUAUAAGAUUAUGCUUUUCUAUUCCAAACGACACCGUUUGUCUGGAGGGGCAAAUGUGGAAGUUAAUGUUAGCUCCGGGGAGAAACUGGACCCCAAAGGAAUCAGGCUCGGGUCCGAAGCUGCCCCGCUUCGUCUACGCUGGAUUGCUCUUUCUACAUUUUUAGUUUCUCUAUGCUUUUACAUGACUUACUAA